AUGUCAGAGGAAGUCCAAAAAGCUAAAUUUAAAACAGAUUUUCUUCGAGCGCAUAUCCAAGCGACAAAGGGUUGCGGAAGAAAUUUUUGCUUAAAUCCUAAUUGUGCUGCAUUCCCUGGAUACCCAAGUCUAGAUCCAAAUCAAGCAGCAGCCAAAAUUCUAACUUCUUUCCUUGAUUUAUUAAUUAUAUAUAAAUAUAUUAUAUCCAUAUAGUAAACUUUACCUCAUUCAUCUAUAGGGAAUAAGCAUUUUAAAAAGCGCUCCCAAUGGUGACAUUGAAGCUUCUUCUGAUUUUUUUUUCUGUCCAGAGCCUACUUCCAAGCACUCAAUUGAAAACAUAAAGGUCGCAGACUCAGCUGAGAUCAGAAAUGCCAUGCAAGAUUUAAAGAUAUUUGGGCUCAAUUUUAUCCCCAAUAAUUAUUUAUCUUCCAAAAAUAAAUCAAUUGACUGGGAAGGAUUAAGCAAUUUUUUUGGCUACCUAUCAAAUCUUUGUCAAGAAGGAAUUUUAGACAAUAAUUGACUUUACCAAGCAAUAGAAAAUUAUCCUAGAGACAGAUAUAGCAGCUUAUACAUUCCAAGAAUAGUUCUAAUGCUUUUAUUUAUGCCAGAGCUGUCAGAUAUUGAAAAUUAUAACACUUUAGCAAAACUAGCAGAACUUUUGUGCUUGAGGAGUGAAUUUCUAGAAGAAUUUUCUUUUUAUAUAGACGAUCUUGAUCAAGAUAAACUCCAAAAUAUAUUGUGAAAUGUCAAACAAUUUCUAUUGAUAAAAAUAUUGGACGGAUAUAGAGGAAACAAAAGACAAAUUUCAUAUGUGAUGCAGCUGACCAAUGCAGUUUAUCUAUCAAAUGAAAGAAAUAAAAGGCUGGAUUAUAAAGAAUUCUAUAAUGAUGCUGUAAAUAUAGAAGAAAGAAAUGAUGAAAAUGACGAAGGUAUUGAAGAGUGAAAAGAAGAAGAAGGCAAAAUUGAUAUUAGAGAAGAAUACAAAGCUUUUCUGACUGCAAAACAGCAAAAUCUAACUAUUAAUGAUCCUAGAGGAUUUUCAUUUGCAUUUUACCCGUGAAUUUUAGAUGCGAAUACAAAGUCAACAUUUUUGCAAUAUGAAAAUAAGUAUAGAAUGCUUCAAGUAAUUCAUAAUCCAAUAAACUUGAUUUUAAUGGAUAUUUAUGCAAUCCUUGAAGUAAGAAGGGAUAAUCUCAUUGAAGACACGCUGAGUCAGAUAUCAAGUGGCCGUAUAAACUUCAGGAAACCUUUGAGAGUUAUAUUUUUAGGAGAAGAAGGAAUAGAUGCGGGUGGAGUCAAAAAAGAAUUCUUCCAAUUGGUUAUUAAAGAACUUUUUGACCCAAGCUUCAGUAUGGGGUUAAGCGUAAAAAAAUUCAAUGAAGUUUUUUAUAUCUUUGCUACUAUUAACGUGACAUGAAAUCUUAUGAAAAGGGUGGAAAAAACUACACAGAAAAUAAUACUUAUAAAAACUUCAUUGGUAAAACAAGAAGCAUGCAAUUUGAACAGAGAUAUCGCAAUAUUGUAUAUAAUAUAAUAUAAAGCACAUCGUUUAUUAUUCAAAUUUGAAUCAAAUAUUCUAAACGAAUUCAAAUAAUAGCACAGUGUCGUUUGAAUUUUAAAAUAGGAAGAAAAACUUCUAACUCCGCCUUUUAGUUUUAUUUUAAAAAAUUAUAUAUAAAUUUUAUAUUUUCUCGACCAUUUUUGCAAAAAAAUUGAGAAGCAAAAAUUAAUUUAAUUUAAAAAAUUUAUGUUUUUAAAUGUAAGCUGUUUAAAAUUCAAUUGCAUUCGUUUAUAAAAUCAAUACAGUACUGUGUGAUAUCUCUAUUCAAUAUUGCAAGUUUCUAACUCCUCCCCCUCCGUGAGCAAACAAAACCGUUGAAAAAAUCCAAAAAACCACAGAUGGGAGUAAGGAUAUUAAAUUUUUAUACCCAGACUUGAAGGUUUUUUUUCUGUAGUUUUUUCAGCUUUAAAAAAUUUAUCUAACUUUAAUGGAAAAAGGUAUAAAAAAUUUAUUAAAAUAUUAUGCUUUACCCUUCAGCAUGUUUAACUUAUAUUUACCUCAAAGAAUUUAUUGGUUUAACCCUGACACAUUGGAGGCGAAAAUUAAUUUUGAGCUGAUUGGACUUGUUUUAGGUCUGGCAAUUUAUAAUGGCGUCAUUUUAGAUAUACAAAUGCCGUUAGUUGUUUAUAAAAAGCUACUAGGAAUACAGACAACUAUUGAUGAUUUAAGAGAGCUGGAUCCUGAUUUAGUUAAGCAACUAGAGAUCAUGCUACAAACUGAAGAAAAUGUUGAAGAAGUAUACUGCCGCAAUUUUAUAUUGGAAACCAAAAUGUUUGACCAAGUAAUUGUCCAUGAGCUCAAAGAAAACGGGUCAAAAAUUCCUGUCACUAAUGAAAAUAGGCAAGAAUUUGUGGAUUUAUAUGUAGACUGGUGGCUUAAUAGAGGGAUUUCGGAAAUUUUUGAAGCAUUUAAACGUGGAUUUUUCAAGGUUUGUGAAGGCGACGUCAUUCAUUGGUUUAAACCGAAAGAACUUGAGCUUUUAAUAUGCGGUAACCCAGUUUUAGACUUUUUUGAGCUUGAAAAGUACACAAAAUAUGAAGGUUUUAAUAGAAACUCCAAAACUGUAAAUUUUAUAUAGGUCAUUAUGUUUUGGGAAAUUGUGCAUUCGUUUACUGGCUCCCCCCUUCACAAACGAGGGUUAAUUUUUUUUUAAAUUUAUAUGUGAAUUUUAUAGUAAUAUUUUUUUUUUUAAAAUUUUUAAAAUCACAUUCAAAAAAUUGAAAAAUAAAUAUUAAUUUAUUUCGUAAAAUUUAUGUUUUAAAAUGCAAGCUGUUUAAAAUUUCAACAGAAAUUAGCAAGAGAUUUCAUUAUAACAAUUAUAAUUAAACUUUUAUAUCAAUUUUUUUUUCAUAUAUAGGGUUUUUCCAAUUGGUUUUGUCUACUCAUGGAGGGGGGAGUGAGGAAGAAAAAAGAAAAUUUUUGAAGUUUGUGACAGGGUCUGAUCGAGCUCCAAUUAAUGGGCUUGGAACACUUGAAUUUGUAAUCUCGAGGAAUGGAGACGAUUCAGAUCGAUUGAUGACUGCACACACUUGCUUUAACCAUUUACUUUUGCCGGAAUAUAGUAAUAAAGAAACGAUGAGGAAGUUGAUAUUGCUUGCAAUUGAUAAUGCUGAAGGGUUUGGACUUACUAUUUUGAACUUUUAAAUUGGAAAAUUAUUAAAUUUUAAUUUUUUAUAUUAAUAUUUUUAUAUACUUCACUGUGGGACGUUAGAUAA